AUGGAUUGGUGGCAGAAGGUGGUCUUCCCCGUGAAACGAGUCUGGAUCGUCGUCGCCGCCCGUGUCAAGGUCAGCAGGAAGACAGGUGAGUGCCCCGUCGCUCUCCCGCAGCUCUCUCCUGCUGAAUCUCUCCGGCCGGUGGCUGAGGCCAUAGGUUUGCUUCCUCCGGUUAGUCAGUCCCCUUCGUUUCCUUCAUCCGCUCGGCCGAUUCGACGGCGUCCGGCGGCCCUGUCGGCGGCGACAACUACCUCGGAAUGGGGAAGCGGGCGGGGAGCCAUUACCUUUUCCUCGAAGAUAUUCGCGAGAACGGAGUGCUUGAUUGCUUGUUGCGUCUUCUGAUUUUAUGUUCCUCUUCUGCCGCGCGAUGGAUAUUCUCAGGAAUCUCCUCUAAUUGCCUUCCCGGCACGGCCGUUUAUCUCGGUCAGCCAUUGCAGAGACCUCAAUUUCUUCCCCAGAUUUCAUGCGUCUCCGGAUCAAAUUUGAAUUCCAUCCGGUUUUGCUUCCACGACGCCGCCGCUAGAUCUCCGUUCCUCGCGAUGAUCAAUUUCUUCUCUGCGGUAAUCCUGGCGGCCCUACCACCUUGGAUUUGAGGGGGGGGUGGCAUUUGUUCUCGCUCUUCCCGAUCUCCUCUCAAAAUCAUAAAUCAUGCUAUCACUCUCUCUCCCCCUUCUCCAUUCCCUCGCUCUCUCCAGAGUCCAGUCCUCUUCCUCAAGCGCUCGUCUGCUUCUCUCUGUUUUCGCUGGGCAGGGCCGGCGAUCCUGAAGCUUCACGACGACGUGCAGACGUGCGGGUACGAGGAUGUGCAGGUGAUGUGGGAGAUGCUGAGGACGGAGAUGGAGAUCUCUCACGCCGCCCAGCGGAAGCGCUCCUUCUGGAAGCUCUUCCUCUGGUCCGACCCUGCGGCGGCCGACCGCCAGCAUCAUCGUCACUGA